AUGCGGGAGGAUAUCCAUGACCUUGACCUCGCCCAUUGGAGAUUGGCUAGAGAGACAUGGAGAACUGAGCGAGGAAACAUGAGGGAGAUUAAGGCGCUGUAUGGAGAAAUAUUUAGGCUGCACCAACUCUUGGAGGAGAUUGGGGUGGAUAAAGGGGUGAUCAAGCAGCGCUCCACCUCCUCCAUUAUUUGUCCCGUCUCCCCGACACUGCCAGCUUUCCCCAGGUACAACCACCACAGGUACCUCGCCAACAGCCAAUCGGAGCCUGACCAGCAUGCUGCCGGCACCCAGAAGGACCCACCUAAGAAACACUCAAUCUUUCCCCCUCUGGACACACAGAGCUGCAGCUCCCCUGAUAAAUGGCCUCAUUCUCCGUCCAAGACGUCACACCCACACGCUUCACACAGAUUUGCUGUCCCAUCCCACCUCCUGGCUUCCGGCCCUCCUGCCCGGAUGAGACAGACCCAUCCGCAGGUCCACCCCAGGUCCCCAUUGACUGGCCAGGCAAAGGUCAAGGAUGAGGUUAAGAGGCCAGAGACUGCAUCGUCUGAGGAAUUGUCUGAGGAAGUUCAACGGAGAGGAGCAGAAAUUGCAAGCAUGUAUAAAGCACAGCUGAAAGAGAGGAUGGCCCAAAAGAGAAAGGAAGAGAUUCUGAAGAAAAUGGCAAACAGCGAUGACAAGAACGAUGACACUGAGGCCUCCUGCUCCUCUGCAGUAAAACGAUCUAAUACCCCUGCCACAGCCCCCGAGCGCCCGGCCAGCCCAGAGGCCACGCCAGUGAGGAGAGAGAACACUCAGGGGGACACCGAGCAGGACCUGGCAGAGGUUGUGAAUGUGCUCAAGAGACAAUCAUCUGAUCUAUACCUGCCUGACGACGUUUCUGAGGAGUCACUCACAUGGAAAUCCAUUUACGAGGAGCUGUGCCCGCUCGCUCACAGAGUGAACACAGAAGCUGACUACAUCAAGGCGCUCCGCGUCAUCACUGAGAAUGAUGUGACUCCCUCGUGCUCGUCUGAGGAUGAUGUGUAUCAGAGUGUGAGUGAGGACACAAGUCAGGAGGAGAGUAGUGAAAGUGAGGAGAGCAUGAGUGGACAACAGCAGAGAUGUCUACACAGGGAUCCUUAUGGUAAGAGGGACAGGAAGGAGAUUGAUAGUGGUAAAAUGGAAGGGACAUUUGCAACCGCCAAUGCAAUGUCUAUGAUGGCGAGCCGAGGGAUAGAAGAACUUAAUGCCAUGAGCUACGCAGACAGGAUCAAAUAUUUCAAGUAUGAGGCUAAGAGAAAUGAAGAGAUGAUGAAGAUUGAAAGGAGGAAGGAAAAAGCCAGGGACGAAGAGCUCAAAAAGUGGGAAAAGAGACAGAAGAAAUUGAAUGAGGAGGAAAGGAAAAGGACAGAAAAUAUGGAAAAAAACAAGUUAGAGGAGCAGAGGAAACGGGAGAAGGCAGAGAUGAAACUAAAGAUUGAACAUGAGAAAAAGAGACAAGAGCAAGAAAAAAAGAGAGAGAAAAAAGAGAGAAAGCAGCAGGAGAUGCAACAGAAGGCCCGUGCAAAAGAAGAGAAAAAGAGGGCAGAGGAAGAGAAAAAGAUGGAGAAACAGAGGAUGGAGGAGGAGAGGAACAGGGAAAAGGAGAGAAUGAAGGUGUUGGAGAUGCAGCAAAAGGCACGAGAGAAAGAAGAGAAGAGGAGGAAAGAGGAACAGAAAAGGAGAUUGAAGAUACAGCAGGAACAAGAGAAGGAGGAACAGAAAAGGCAGACAAGGAUACGGGACGAGGAUAAGAAGAGAGCAGAGCUUCAAAGAAUAAAAGCUCACGAGGCCAGGUUCAAGAUGGAGAUGGAGAAACUGUAUGAGAGAGAAGAGAGGAAUGCACAGAUUGAAAGAGAAAAGAGGCGUGCGCUGUGUCAGAAUAAAGGACAGACACAGAGAGCAAAACAGGUGGUGGCAUACGAGGUCACAGCGUCUACAUCUGACGCCUCUGUGCGGAGGGAAGAGAGGGAGCAGCGUCCAGAGACCGCUCACGCACAGUCUGCAAAGAGGAGAACAAGGAAGAAGCAGAAGAAAGCGGCGGACGAGGCAUCGACAACUUUUCAGUAGAUGACAAAAGAAAGGGAGCAGACAAAAGAAGAAAUGUACAAGUCAAUGCUCCUAGGUAUGUUGAUAGAUGGAAAUAAACAACAACAAGUUUUUUUUUUAAGAGUAAAACGAGGAAAUUAUAAGGAAGCCAGGCCCGAGGGUGAAGAGGAGAAAACAUGAGAGAGGAGGAAGAGAGACCAGAGUGGUUUAUCAGGAGAGAAGUAGGAGAUAUAGAAUUCAAGUUCUGAUGGACAGAAUCAAGAAUGACCAUGGGAUAAAAGGUCAAGUUAAAGUUGCUUUGGUUUCCUUUUGUCCUCUUUCUAAGCCUGUUCAAGUCUGAGAUGGAUGAAAAGAGCAGCCAAAGAAACAGAUCUGUUGAAGCAUCAAUUGGAAAGGAUGGGAGGGUUGGAGGAGGAGCACAGCUGGAUGACUACAUUAGGUAAGUGUUUACUAUCAAAGCCUGUUCUCUGUAGACAACUGUAUUAGUGUUGAUAGAAGUGCAUUUAUGCAACGUCUUUCAACUACACUUCAACACCACAAUUCCUGAUCUCAUGUGAUUAUUCACCUCAAGUGGGCUUUCAGAUGUUUUUUUCCUGAAACAGAUUGUGGCAUAUGAGGUCUCUUUAUCUGUUGAAGCAUCAAUAGAAAAGGAUGAAAGGGAGGGAGGCAGGAAGAGGAAAACACAAAAGAGCAGAUGAGGUAAGUGCUUGGGCUUGUGAUGAGAGGAUAGGGGCUCCAGAACUGGGGUUCAUGAUUGAACAUUUUCAGACUAAUGUAUUACUGUGAAUCCCAUUCGUUCAAUGACUGUUCGACUAAUUCCUGACGGGAUAAUUGUUUUACAGGAGCACUCCAUGUUCUGCUUCCAUGUGGAUUGACAGCAUUGCUUUCAUGUGCUGCUGGAGGACACCAUGGAGGAAGAGGGAUAGGGUCUAUGAUAGGCAGUUUGCCAUGGCCCUAAAUGGGCCUUUGGAUGUUAAUUCUUCAUGCUUUAUAUCAUACAACUUUACAAUAAAAAUGAAUUGUAAGCA